UAAUAUAAUGUGAGUGACAAGUGCAAUUUUAAUAUCAAACUUUUACAAAUUCAGCGAAAUCCAGCGUUGAAACCUUGAUUUGUUAUUUUUCUCAUUGGAUCGUGUACAACGAAGAACAAAACUGAAGUAACAUAAACUUAAAAUGCCGGCUAUUAUUAUAUUUCGGAGGUUUCCAAUGCCCAGUAUAUCUGUAUACUCCACUGCCAGUUUCAUACUGUUAAGUCUCUCAAUUUUAUGGGCUCAUACAACUAUACUGGAAGAAAGAGAGAACUUUUUGCAUCCCAAGCCAAUUGUAGCUGCGAAUCCAGAAACCAGGAAUGGGGAAAACAGUAUUGAAAAUAUUAAGAAACCAGAAGUAGUUUUAGAAGCAGAAGUACCUGGAAACGAAGCCGUAGAAUCUGAUUGUGAGUUGCGGGAUUUUUUUUAUUUCUCAGUCUGCAGAAUAUGGCAGUUGCUGACAAGAUCUUGGGCGUGCAAAAAGAAUAAAGAUGUGAAUGUAUGGACUUAUCCCACACAAGAUCCAAACGCUUCCCAACCUCCAACUUCUUCUGUUACUCUGUCAGUGAAGAGAAAAGUUCAUGAAGAUGAACAACCUUAUAUCGGAACAGAAAUUGCAAUGGCAAUUGAAAAUGGGGAAUAUAGUCAUGCAUAUGGUGUAUUUACUCUCAUGCUGGAUGAACCAGUUUGCCUGGUGCUUGCGGUCAAUGCAACAUACUGUCUACUUGCAAUAAUUGUACAAAUUAUUCAAAAACUUGUCUUCGGAAAGUUAAGGGCUAUUGAGCGGCAACAUAUGAGGGACAAAUUCUGGAAUUUUGUUUUCUACAAAUUCAUCUUUAUUUUCGGAGUAAUGAACGUUCAGUCGCUCAACGAGGUCAUAGUGUGGAUAUCGUGGUUCACGGCGAUCGCGUUUCUCCUUCUUCUGACCAAACUCUGCAAGGAUCGAUUUGAAUUUCUCUCUUUUUCACCGAAUACUCCCAUGUAUUAUCACUGGAAGGUUCUUGGUCUGAUGGGAUUUAUUAUAUCAUGCUGCUUACUACUGACAGUGUCAUGCGUUACCAAAUCGUUUAUGUUUCAAGCCAGUAGUCCAAGUUACAGUGACAUACACUCAAUAACCUUCAUGCUUGCCGAGUGCCUUAUCAUAACUGUUAAGUCUUUACAUGUUAUUAUAAGGUACUGCAUUCACUUAUAUGACAUCCAGCAUGAUGAGUUAUGGGAAAGGAAAGCAACUCUCGUCUACCACGUUGAUUUAUCCAUGGAACUACUGUCUCUAUCAAUCAACUUUGUUCACCACCUUCAUAUGCUGUUCUCGGGCAAUAUAUGGCUGUCCAUGGCCAGCUUGGUCAUUUGUAUGCAGCUGAGGUACAUUUUCUCCGAGAUCCAAAAACGGCUUCUUCGUCACAAAAACUACAGACGGGUAGUAGCAAACAUGGAGGCUCAAUUUCCAGAAGCUACAAAAGAAGAAAUUGAAGCCCAGGAAGACCAAUGCGCGAUUUGUUGGGAACAAAUGGAGACCGCCCGAAAGUUACCUUGUGGACAUUUCUUCCAUUCACCAUGCUUACGCUCAUGGCUUGAACAAGACACAACGUGUCCUACAUGCAGAAAGCAGUUGGACAUCAGAAACACAAACCGAAGGAAUGUUCCGGUCAUGUUGGGCCCUGAUGUGCUUAAUGAUACAGCCCCUAACCCUGCUGCUGGUGCUCGCAACCAAGCACCAGGGGUGGUUCAGCACCGGAACCAUUUCUGGCACUUUGAUGGUUCAAGGUUCGCUACAUGGCUGCCAAGUUUUUCUGUUGAGGUCAUGAGGUCAGCGCAUGGGGCACAAGCCAUGGUAACCACGACAACAGGAUUACCAGCCAACCAACAGCCCUCCAAUUCACAACUUGAUACAAUGGUUCGUGAGGUUCAAGAUAUUUUUCCACAGAUCCCAGCUCAAGUAAUCCGAAAUGAUCUGCAACUAACCGGUUCCGUUGAAACCACCACAGAUCACAUAUUGGAAGGUCAGGUGACCAUUCCGACCAAUCCAAGGCUCCCAACAGCGCCACCGGUGGCAACACCUGACGACGAACACUCAACAUUUCAAAUACAGACACCACCAUCAGAAACAGCACCCGGCACUUUCUUGCGUCGACGUCUCGUUCCAAGUUCUACGUCACCAACUACACAACCAACAACUUCUACACCGUCUACUUCAUUUCAAGGAUUUGCAACUCAAGACGCAGCAUCUACUUCCGCAUCAUCUGCUCCCCCAUCCUCCCCUACAGUGGUCGGAGGACGCUUUUCCAAGGCUCCUCAGGAGCGUGAGCAAGUCCUACAGACCCGACGGGACGAAUUAAUCCGUCAAGCGCGUCUCAAAUAUCUUAGUAACAAAAAAGUCGACAAACCAGCAGGGUCUACCGCCGCUAACGAGUUCCCGCUGGCGAAAUUUAACACUAACUCAACACAAGUAGAUACAGAAGAGCCUACAAGCGCGAGUCAAAUACUAGAAGAUGAGCUGCAGCUGACCAGCGGUUUCGGCCGCUCCAUCACGCCACCAAGCGGCACUGCGAUGGAGGGAUUGCAGCGCGUUCAAGGUCGUGUUGAAGAUAACAUUACGGACGAUGAAAUGUCAGAAGAAUCGCUCGGUUAAGUAGCUCAACUUUGCCGAAAUCCUGAUUUACGCGUUUCGUGUUUAAUUUGCAAUGAGAGUUACGAAGUGACGCUUUCCAAAGUUAUUUCCAAAGUGACGCCUUCCAAAUUUAAAACGGCUUUACUGAAUGUACCUUAACAUGAGUUCAAGCCUGCGUGGACUGUUGUACAUACAGCCCUGGUAAUUCUCGCUAAUUCGAGCCAUAGCGGGGUAAAUGACGGUUUAAGUUUACAAUUUACUGAACAGCCCCAUAUAAUACUUCAGCUGGCCCAAGGUGUUGCCCAAUCCAUAACUGCGCAUAAUUGUAGACUGAACUAUUUCCUAUUUUGGCAACACUAUUUUACGUUAAACAUAUUCGCGUACAGGACUCGUGCGGAGUACGUUGCCUUUUUUGUACAUUACUUUAUUUAAGAGAUAUAUCAUUGUGUUGUAGUUAUUUUGCGGCCGUCUCGAUUUAAUUGCUAACAUUUAGGGCAUAUGCACAUGUACAGUAGAGUGAACAAAGAUGGGACACCUUUUCAUUCUUUUUUUUGCGACCCAUGCGGUAGUAAACAAAGAACGUUCAAAGAAUUAUUAAGCCAUGUGCUUACGAUUCUCAUUGACCGUUGUUAUAUGUUUAAAACACGAUCAGGAUAUUUGGAUAUCGCGUGCUAAAGGUGUCCCAUCUUAUCCCACAGUUCUACACAUAAAAACGUUUUCUUUUUUUCGGUAACGGUUCGACGAAUUGUUCAUUUUUUCCCUGUUACAGCAAAACAGGUUGUCUAAUACAUUCAGAAUUGCUUACAAUAUUUAUAGUGUUUAAUUUAACAUCCAAAAUGUGUAGCUGCUAUAGAUUCUUAUUACAUUUUCGAACAUUUGAAAACUCUUGGCAAAUGUUAGUCGUUUCUUAUAAAUUUGUUUAUCCAAUCA